UUUCGUGAUCUUUCCUGCGGUCCAACAUUCAAAAGCAGCUUUGCAUGGAGCGUUCAUCUGACUGACUGGCUGUGGCAGGAGAUGACUGAGCACGCAGAACACCGGCUGAGCUUGACAUGGUGCUUCAUCACGUAGAUUGCUCAACAUCCAACAGCUUGCAAGGCUUGACUUAACCUACCUCAUCAUCGACGCGUCAAGCACGAAGCGCCCUUUGACUUAGUGCAAAUCUAGACGCAGGGAAUAGUAUCACUCGCUUCGCUACACGUUAAGGACGAGCUAAACACGACCUUCUCCAAAUGAUUGUGCUAUGUCCACGCCAGCUUCAGGGACAAGUGGGAAGACUGGCGACGAGUGGCGGUUAGAGGAGUUUCAGAGAUGGUUCACGCGUGAAAUACAGAAAAGGGAAGAGCUUAACCGAGAUCUUCAAGAACAGCUAGAUGAGUGCAGGAAGGAAAACGCUCGUCUUCAAGCCAAGUUAAAUGCACAAGACGGGCCAACGGAUACCGCGGACAGAGACUCGCCAUAUGCAUCUUCUCCAAGCGCUGAGAAGGAGUCCGUGGUGCCUUAUGCGACGUAUUCUAAGCUGCGUGAACAGCAGGAGAUCACGUGGAAAUCACUAAAGGCCACCGCUCAAGCUUUGGAGCACUACAAAGCGCGCUACAAAAAGGCCAAAGAGUCUAUCCGUCCCUGGCAAGAAUAUGCACAAAGAUGCAAUGACCGUGCAAGGCGUGCUGGCAUUGCUACCCCUGAACGCCAGGCAUUUCUCCCGUCGGUGGCUUCACGCUCAUCGUCUUCGGAAAGGGACAACGUUGUUGGAUCGGGUCAUUUAGAACAUCCAAAAUCAUCCCCAUGUGGUGCAAGACGUGAUCAGCGUGAUGUUGUAUCCACUCUAAAGCCUCGGUCCAAGCUAAGAUUGACGACGCUAGCAAUAGAGCCCACGUCGUCAGAGUAUGUCGCACAGGAAGAAGUUCACGCCAGGAGCAAUCAAGAACGUACAGUUCCUCCCGAUCUCGGAACAGGCAUACCGAUAACGCAUUCCGAUAUAGAAUCGACGAAUGUGAUUACUUCAAAUAUAGAGCAUAUACAUGAAACAUCAUCUAAGCGACGAUAUUCCGCCCCAAAGCCUCCAGCAGAACAACCUAGGAGUUUAGCUAAUGGCUACAGUGGAGAAAGCCCUAGUUUUGCUGACACCAAAGCCAAAGCCUUGAUUACGGAAAAUAUUCUAGUCAAGAUGGAGGCAGAUAGUGGUCCUGACAUGCCAACCCCUGACUUGGAUACUGCCAGUGAUGAGACCGUCGAUCUUGACGAGACGGGAGCCCACAUCACAACACCACGAAAGUUGCAAAAUUUGCAAGCUCCGCUUCAUCGAAACAGUUCAAUCGAACGCACACUUACAGAUCAUAGUACUACCAAUUCAACCGCCGUUGGGGAAAGUCCUUCAUGUCGUGCGCGACGCUCAGAAAGGCACGGCGGAAGAGAAGUCAGUGACGAACACCGAGCCCUGCUUCCCAUAAGUCCCAACAGAGCGAAUCAAUCUAAUCGUCAGGUUGUCACUGCGGAGACGAUAAAAAGCGAUCAAAAAGAGCAGUUGGCAGAAGGAUCGUAUUCCUUUGUUAAGAGUGAAGAUCAGAGCCAAAGCUGUUUCAAGUCAAAGCCUUUGUCAGGAAAGAGAAACGCUGAGGAUGCAAUCGAAGUCUUGCUCAAUGAUUCGAGACCGGCAAAGCGUAUGCUCAUUAGCCCAGCUUUCAACACAUCCCGUCGACGGCAGUCUCUUGUGGACGCUCAACCGCCAGCCGUAUCGAAAGAAAAGACAGAAUAUCCCCUCCAUAAGCCUGUGGCAGACUGCACACCAGCUCCACAGAUGAAGCAAAAGAGGAUGAAUUCUCCGACUGUGAACUACGGAUCGCCGCGAUCACCACCUGCUCAUCAAGCAACUUUUGAAGCACAAUGUCAGCGCGCCACAGAGAGGUCGAUCACGCCCUUGCGUGAACGCCCCGUCUCUGAACUCAAACCGGAGGAUUUUAAGCUAAACCCACGCGCGCAUGGGAACGUGAACAUCACAUGCAUAGAACCAGUCCGGAGCCGGGAAGACCGACGAUACCUGCAUGCCUGCACCGAUCGCUCCUGUCGCCAAUGCGGAAAGCAGAUGCGCGCCCUCGCUAAGGACAUGCCUGUGACGGUUGGCUCUUCGCUCUUUGCCUCUACGCAGGACGACUCCCUUACAGACGAAGAGCGUUUGCUUAAACAUCACCUCGGAGAACAAUUCUCGCUCAAGCACGUGCGUAGCUUGGACCCUGACCGGCUUCGAGAUCUCAUCCUCGAAGCGAAGACGAGCCUUCUUGCGGACAGGUAUGGGCGGCAUCGGCUUAGACCCAACGCGCGGGCAAAGAGCCCGCCUGGGUUCUGGGAGAUGGACAUGCCCACGACGCAGGAGGUUGAGAAAAGGGCAGAAGAGGUCGAGAAGAGGUCGAGAGACAUGGUCAGAGAAAGGUAUCGGGAAGCAAUGCGACGAGGAGGGAAGUGGAUUUUCAGAGACGAGUGAUUGUGUUUGACGGAUCGAUUGUAAUCGCUUUCACGCCGCGGUGCCGGCAACAAUACUUUCUGGAUUUCAGGGCAUUAGAAAUGCUGCUGUUGCAUUCUAUCGAUAAGCUUUCACCCAGGCGCAGACGGUAUCUCUGCUUCGCCUUAUAGAUAUGCUAAUUCCAAAACAUGUUUGCAC